CGUGAAUAUUUAUCUUAAAGCAUACUUCAAACACAUUCGUAGUAGAAUUAGUAUAUUACUCAUUUAAAACUAGUUAUAUCAAAACAAAAUAUGAGUACGAUGGCAGAUGUUGUUGACACAGCUGGCGAAGAGCAAAUGCCCUUCAGUGAUAUUGAAGAAUUGACCUCUCAUGGCAUUGGAAUGACCGAUAUUGUGCGUCUUAAACAGGCUGGGAUCUGCACUGUACAAGGAGUCCACAUGUCUACCAAGAGAUUUCUAUUAAAAAUCAAAGGAUUCAGUGAAGCUAAAGUAGACAAACUCAAGGAAGCGGCUUCAAAGAUGUGUCCGGUGAAUUUUGCUACCGCAAUGGAACUGAGUCAAACUCGCAAGCGAGUAUGGAACAUUUCUACCGGUUCGGAAGCAUUGAAUGGUAUCCUAGGAGGAGGGAUUCAAUCAAUGAGCAUUACAGAAGUUUUCGGUGAAUUUCGAUGCGGUAAAACACAAAUGUCUCAUACCCUUUGUGUUACGGCUCAGCUUCCUAAGGAGAUGGGCGGUGCAGAAGGAAAAGUAGCCUUUAUUGAUACAGAAGGAACAUUCAGGCCUGAUCGUAUUAAAGCAAUUGCUGAUCGUUACGGCAUAGAUCCCGAUCUAACAAUGGAAAACAUUAUUGUCAGUCGUGCCUAUAAUUCUGAACAACAAAUGGAUUAUAUCACAAAAUUGGGAACCAUUUUUGCCGAAGAUGGUCAAUAUCGCCUUCUUAUUGUGGAUUCCAUUAUGGCGCUUUUCCGAGUAGAUUACUCUGGAAGAGGUGAGCUGUCAGAGCGCCAACAAAAAUUAAACAUCAUGUUAGCUCGAUUAAACCACAUUUCAGAGGAGUUUAAUAUAGCCGUGUUUGUCACUAAUCAAGUUCAAGCAGACCCUGGUGCUGCUCUCAUGUUUGCUUCCAAUGACCGUAAACCGGUCGGCGGACAUGUCAUGGCCCAUGCUAGUGCUACUCGUCUGUUAUUGAGAAAAGGACGAGGAGAAGAGCGUGUUGCUAAACUAAAUGAUUCCCCAGAUAUGCCUGAAGCAGAGUGUAGUUACGUAAUUACGCCUGGAGGAAUUGCUGAUGUAUCGUAAUUCUAUCAAAAUCGACUUUAAAAAAAGAGGAAAGAGGAAAAGAGAGAAAAUAACAUUGAACCCAUACAAUGAAGCAUCAGUCUCCGAAAUAUCUUAGCAAUGCAGGCAUUCAAUCCAGAAGGAUAAAAGCAAAAAUUAAUGGUGCAAAAUAUUAUAUUUCCCUUGACUCUCG